AUUCUCGCUUUCAGGAUUUUCAGCUCUAUAUUUAGUAUUUAAACAGUGCGAAACCGUUCCCAGAAGCAUUCUUCACUCGUUAACGCAACACGCAUCAAACAAAAUCCCCGACAGCAAUCAUGAAGUGCAUCGCAGCUGUAGUCAUGAUGGCCCUUGCCCUCGCCCUUACUGAAGGAUCUGCUGUCCCUCUGGCAUACUCCGUUCCUCUUGCAUAUUCUGCACCUCUGACAUUAUCGGCUCCACACACCACCGUUGUCCAGCAGAAUUUGGGAGCCCCUGUUCUCCACGCCGCUCCAUGGGCUCAUGCUGCUCCUGCCGUCAGCUAUGCCGCCUACGCUUCCAUCAUCCCAACUGCUUACGUUCAUCAUCAGCCAGCCGUUGCCGUGAUCGCCCAGAAGGAAGCCCGCUAUCUGGCCGCUAACCGUGGAGCCAUCCAUGAUGCUCCACUCGCCGGACACGCCAUCUCCCAGCAAUCGCUGAAUCUGGCCCCAGCCCCAGGAACGCUGUAAACUGUGAGCUGCGCAGACAGUUUACAUGUACAUACC